AUGGAGGAAGACAAAAUGAGCCAACUCCCUGAUGAUAUUCUUCUACUCAUCCUCGAUAAAACCGACAUAUUUGAAGCCGUUAAAACCAGCAUUCUCUCCCAUAGAUGGAAAAACCUAUGGCGUCUCCUCCCCAGCCUCCGCUUCCACCACUGCCGCUCUGAGUUAGUUUCCCAAUUGCUCUCUCACCGCGAAGCCACAUCCACAUCCGCCGUCCACGACUUCCACCUCUCAUCACUCGACACCGACACCGACACCGAAUUCAUGGAGGAAUGCGUGCUCUACGCCACCAGUCACGGCGUUCAAUCCCUCCGCCUCCACUCCAAAUGCACAAUAACGCUUCCGCAAGCGUUUAUCUCGUGCACGACGCUGCGGGAGCUCCAGCUCACGCAGUUGCACAGCUCGGUUGAACUACCUGGACGCUUAUCUUUGCCAAAUUUGAAAACCUUCCAUCUUGAAACACAUUUGUUUUUCAACGAUGAACACUACAACAUGGAGCCUUUUUCCGGCCUUCCGGAGCUGGAGAAGCUCACUAUCAUCGGAUAUUGUUUUCCGAUUGAUGGCCUUGUUAUAAAGGCGCCAAAGCUUAGGGUUCUUGAAAUCGCUGAAUCGCCUAAAGUUAAAGAGAUUUAUACUCCGUUGCUUACCUCGUUUAGAUAUGAGUCUUACGAGGCUUGGGAGUGUGCGAAUGUGAAUCUCCCCAUGUUGGAACAUGUCUAUUUAGACAUUCAUGAGACUCGUUACUGUCUCAAUUUUGUGCAUCAGAACUUUGUUCGGAUGCUUCACCAAUUUGGAAAUGCCUCCACCGUUUUUUUAACUUUGGACACUCUCAAGGUUCUCGAACGCAAUGGUGGUCCCUUUGAGCAAACUCCUUCCCCAUUUCCCAACAUGAAAUGUCUUAAGGUGAUGGAAGGACGUAACAGAAUUACCAAAUUGUAUCGGGGAGUAAUGAACUAUUUGAGGGGGCCUUUGUAUUGUAAAGUGGAGUUUUCAUGUGGCGUGGAUUUUGUUGAACAGAUUUCCAAUGAAGACAAAGACAAAGACAACUAUGAAAAAAAAAUUGCGGGCUCUAAAGACAUUGGAUUUACGUAA